AUGUGUCACUCAAAAAUUCCACUCGUUGCCAAUUUUGCCAAUAGAAUUUUGAAUGGUUUGGGUAUCAAGAAGAGAGAAAUCAAUAAGGGUGAUGUGAUUCGUGUCUUGUUCAUCAGUCGAAGACCUUAUGUGAAAUUUGGAGUCGAGCACAAUUUCAUGUCUCGUCAAAUUAGCAAUGAAGAAGAGGUGUUGGAUCGAAUGAAGACUCACAGAGAAUAUGGCAAGAAAUUCACAGUGGAAAGAGUUGAUUUUGCACAUUUGAAAUUAGUUGAACAAAUUCAAAAAGUUCACGAUUCAGAUUUUUUAAUUGGAUAUCAUGGAGCUGGAUUGACUCACUCAUUGUGGAUGCCUGAGGAAACCUCUGCAGUUCUUGAAAUUUGGAAUACAGUAACAACAAGAGGAUGGAGAUGCUUUGAACAAUUCACAUUUUGGAAGGGAAAUGACUAUACAUUGUGGAGUAAUUCAAAUCCAAAGAAUUUGAGAAAGGACAGUUUGGGAGAUUACUUGACUGUGGAUGUUGCGGACUUUUACAAAACAUUUGAUAGAAUGGUUAACAAGUUGAUUGACUCUAGGAAUUAG